ACUGCUUUUGUCUGUAAGUCAGGUGCAGGUCCUUGUUUACACGAUGGCCCUCAAUCCGUUCAUGGUGUUCCAUCUUUUCCUGACGGAUGUGGCCUUGCAGGGUCACCCAGAAAUGCUCGAUCAGUCCGUGUACGUCACUUCCCCUUUGACAUGCGCGGCGCGCUGUCUGAGCAUUGACCUGUGUCAGGCGUUUUUCCUCAAGAAGUCUGAAGACAAGUACAGGUGUACGCCGGCAUACCGUCGCUUUGUUCGCCAGCUAGGCUACACAUUCAUCUUCUCAGAGGGUCAGGAUCUGUACCACGUGCAUGGAGACAGGUGCAAGCCAGACAGCGGCCUGUACUGGUACACGUAUCUCCAGUUCUGCUUCAUGUUCAGUUCCCAGCAGGCUACCUACAAUGUCGCCAAGCAGGACUGUGAGGCUAAGGGCUUUCGCAUAGUUGACCUAAACAUGGACCUCAAGUACAACAUGACGAGACUUCGCAUCCUGCACUUUUCAGAUUUAAAUCAGCGGUCGUACUUCAUUGGGGCGGAGAGAAGUCCUGGUCAAAACAACUGGACAUGGGUGGAUGGAUCAGCAGCCAAGAACCUGGACUGGGCUCCAGGUCAACCAAGUGGCGUCACAGAAAAUUGCAUCGAUCUUCACUUGUAUCGUGAUUUCAGAAUCAAUGACCAGGGUUGUGAGUAUAGCCUAGGAUAUGUUUGUGAGCUACCGAAUCCAUAACAUCGUCUCACCUUCUGCAGGAUUACGUGGAGCAAUCAUCAAAUAUUUUAUACUGAACUAAGUCGACCAGGAUAA